AUGCUGCGCGGCGGCGCCGGAUCUCGAGGAGGAGCUCCCGCCGCGGCGAAGCCUCCCCGCCACCGCCCCCCGUCGCGCCGAGCGCGGGCGACGGCUGCCGCUCCGGGACUGAAGGGCGGCCAAGCCUCCGUGCUACAGGAUCCGGUGGUGUCUUCCGUGGAGGAGUCCUCUUUUACUUUCGAGUUCAAGAGGGGGUCCAAAAGGGCGAGGAAGGCGAUGCCACCGGCAGAAGCGCACAUUGGGAAAGAGAACUGGGGAGAGGGACUCUCUAACAAACCAAAGACACCUGCGACGAAGGAGACGUCUGAAGAGGUGGAGUUCACUCACUGUGCGCCCAGUAUUGUUGCGAGGCUGAUGGGUCUUGACACCGUGCCGAGGUCCAAGAAGGUUCUUGACCGGUGCCAGAGUGACAUCCAGAGCAGUACACGGCAGAAGCUAUCCGAAGGUGUUCAAGAGGUGGCCCGCGUUUCGUGUGAGGACAGGCCAUGUCGGAGCAGUGGCGACGAGCUGCCAGAGUUGAAGGAUGUCUUUGAGGUGACUGACAUGGAGAACAUGGCGUUGCAGUCCAGCCACGAGAAGCCAUGCCCGAGAAGCAAUGAUGCUGAUCUGGAGUUCGUGAGGCACAAGUUCUUGGACGCAAAGCGCCUUUCCACCGACGAAGGCCACAGGAAUUCUAAGGAGUUUGGGGAAGCACUUGAGAUACUCUACUCCAAAAAGGAUCUGUUCCUUGAAAUCCUUCAGGAGAGCAGUACUGUGAUGUCAGGAUUCCCGGGACACAAACUUGGUUACGGUGGCUUGCAGGGCUCUCCCCAUACAAGUAAUGGUGCUGAUGGGGCAUUGUCUGGGAAAGAUAACCUUCACAGAAUGGAAGUUGAGUGUGAGUCUGAUGAUUUUCUUUCUAGUAUGUAUCUGAAAGAAACUUCGGUUGUGCCACUGGAGCAUUUGGAACCAAAAGAGAGGAAGGGUUCAAGGAAGUUCUCGCAGAUUGUUGUCCUGAAGCCAGACCUUCCAAGGAAAAGUUUGCCCCCGCGCCGUACCAUGUAUCAGCAAGAUAUCAUGCAUUUUACAGCACCUGCCAAUGUUCAAGUUUUAGAACCAGAAGGAUAUACACCUGAACAGAAGGUUAGAAAACAAACAGCUAAAAGAGGUAGCAGAACGAAACCAUCUGGGGGUGAACACUAUCUUGCAGUUGGCCAUCAAAGGGAAAAGGUAUCUUCUGCUUCUCAUGAUGAGACCCUGCCAAUUUCUUCAUCCACACAUUCUGCUGGAUCAUCGGUGAGCAGAAAGGCCAGAAGGCACCUCUCUGAACGUUGGCAGUUGGCCUGCCAAUCCAAUGGGAAAAAUUCAGUUCCUACAGAUACAAGAACAUUAGGUGAAAUGCUUGAACUGACUGGUAGAGAUGUAACAAAAGUAACCACCCAAAAGGUUUUGCCAGAUCCAAACUCCAGUCACACUAAUGCACAAGAGAUGCCGGCCGCCCCCCUCGGUAUUAGCAGUAAAGAUGGUUGGAAGACGGGGAUUUACUGUGAAGAUGAUUCAAGAGGUGGCAUUCCUAGGAAUUUUCCCAGGUCCAAGUCUCUCCCGGCCUCAUCUACCACUGCCACAAAAUUACCGGGUAGGAGGCAUCCCGCGCCUUCUCCUAACUUGCCGAUUCUGAAAGAUAUAUUGAAUACACCUGCUGACGAUUCUGGAAAUGCACAUGUCAGGAAGAGAUCACCAAUCAGAAAACUCAAGCAGAAAAAUGGGCGCGUUAUCUUUCAUGCUGGGAAGGAAAAUAUGCUCCCUGAGAAAGAAAUUUAUGUAACUUCAGAAAAAACAAGACACAGCAUCUGCACUUCUGAUCUGCCCAGGGCAAGCAACAUAGAGCAUCCUCUUGAUGUUACCUGUACUGAUGAUCAAGAAGCAAUUGAUUUGGUUAUUCCACAUGAUGAUGUGCGUAAUUUUGAAGGCCAGAUAGGUUGGAUAGAGCAAAAUCUGGCAACAUCAUUACCAAAGCCAGAACAAGACAUAACGAUUCAUAAUCAGGACAAGAUUGCAUUGAAGGAGGGGAAAAGCCAAUUAGCGGAGGGUGACAUUGUUGAAAUUGAGCAGCAAACAGUAAAGUCCACACAUACUUUAAGCUCUGAGAGUUACGGAUUCUCAAGUCCAACUGGUUCACCGCAGGAUAGUUCUGGAGACGAGGCUGCUUAUUCUGGAAUCUUUAAAAGUGUCAACGAUGGUAUUCAAGGACUUAGAGCGCAGCUAAAGAUGCUGAAGAUGGGUGACCAAGUUGAUACCUGCGGAGAUGAUUCGGAUGCAGUCUCAGUCGAAGAGUGCAAUGAUAUUGACAUUUCAGAUUACCAGGUGAGGGAAGAGCAGCUACCUAUAUUCAGGGAUGAGGAGGACAGGGACUGCACUUUUGUCCAGGAGAUGCUUGGCACUGCAUGCGACUCUCCAGUCUACCCAGAAGAAUGGCAAUUCAGCUCAGAUGUUUUCCUAUGGCUAGAAAACAAGUACAGCAAGCUGCUCCUGUGGUCGAGGUCGGACAGGAAGCUUCUUUUUGAGCUUGUUAACUCUAUCUUAGCUGACAUGACGGCUCCGGGUAGCAGCUUGCAUUCAAAAAUGAUGAUGAACUCCCAGCCUGAAAUCGAUUGGAGAAAGAUGGCUGAAAAAGUCUGGCAAACGACACUACUCAUGCGAAGGAGCUAUGAGCCAUUUGAUUUGGAUAGUGUCCAACCUUUGCCACUGGACCAUCAGCCUGAACUUGGUGUGUUCGGAGCAGAGAUUGCAGGAAUGAUAAACGAUGAUGUUCUAGAAGAGCUUGUGGCCGAACUCGUAGCUUAAUUAUGUCAGCUGAAACUCUAGUGGAUUGGUUGAGAUUUUUUAGCAAGUAGUGUAUAUACAUAGCCUGCUGCAAAUCACUGGUUUGCAAGAUGGUUUACCAUUUAUGAUUUCGGGAGAUGGCCCCUUGUUGAACGUAUUAACUGUAAGGUAUGUCGGUGGAAGACUUUCC